UUGAAGAAUUUUGUGCCGGUGACGGUGAUUGUCACCGAUGUCAACGACCAUCCACCGGAAUUCAUUCAAGAACAGUAUUAUGGAGUAGUGUUUGACGAUUAUCCAAUCGGCUACUCUAUUCCGUUGAACAUCAAAGCUGUCGAUAAAGACGAUGGAAUAAAUGCAGUGAUUAAGUACUUCCUGAACGGCUCAGACGCAAACUGCUUUUCAAUCGAUCACGUAUCCGGAAGCAUCAGCCUUCAGUGCGACAUUUCUCGCCGGCGCAAGAAGAGCUUUGAACUUGAGGUUGUAGCUAUCGAUCGUAACGGCUCCGGCAACGAGGCAUCUGCGAAGCUCUCUGUGGUCGUUGUUCCGCAUCAAGUAUCAGUUGAAACGGGGUCGAAUGUGACGCAGUUACUGCCUUCCAACGACUCAUCGUUUGACUCCGCUUGCCGCUUAGAGUUUAGCUCGGACCUCGUGGACGUCGUUCUAGUCGAACACGCGCCGUUGUCGUCACCCGUCUACAUCGCAACGUUGUCGUACGGACGUCAAACCUGUGCAAAAGUUACCUUCGGCUUUGGGGACAAUUCCGCUCUGCCGUACUUCAACAUCGAUCCCAGCACAGGCCUGAUCUCUGUUUCGGGGGACAUCGACAUCAGGCGCUUGGAAAGACAGGGUCUGCUGAGCGGACACGACCCUCGAGACAGCGUCAUGCUCAACAUCAGUGCCACCGCAUAUUCGCCGCCGGACAGCGACAAGCUCCAGGCGUUUAUGCGAGUUCGCGUUCAUGUUUAUGGCACGGAGCAAAGGCAAGACGGUGGCGUAGCUUUUGUGAGCUCCAGUUACAGCUUCACGUUGAAGGAAAACCAAAAACCAGGAACGUAUGUGGGACAGGUGGUUGCAAAGUAUCAAAGAACGGAUGACAUUCAGUAUACAUUGUUGUAUUCACAGUUGUUUGAAAUAGCGAACUCAUCGAACGUUACAGUGAAAAUUGAAGAUGUAAAUGACAACUCGCCGGUAUUUACAAAGGGAAUAUAUUUGGUAGAAAUUCCUGAAGGACCCUAUGGAAACGGAGCUGUUAUAGGAUUUGUCAAAGCCACUGACCGGGACAGUGGCGAGAACGGAAACGUUUACUACUACACGCCUGAUUCGGAGAUUCCCUUCAACGUCAGUGAGGAUGGCAACAUCUUCUGCUAUGGAACUAUCGAUCGGGAAAUGAGAGAGGUGUACGAAUUUGCCGUACAGGUAAAUACUUAUUGA